AUGGUCAACCGACCCUCACAGGCCUCGACACGGCUACACAACGCCACCACGGUGACGAUUGGUACGCUUGUGGUCGACCGACCACCGACGAGGUCGACCGGUGAAGCCCAACCAAUAUCGGCGGGAGCGGCACUUACGGCAACAACGAAAAAAACGGUCACGACUGGGGGCGACCUCACACCCGAGGCGACCAGAGCCGACUGUAUUGGUGGCGGAGUCGACCGCAUGGUAUGA